CACAUUCUCGCCUGGAUGCGUUUCCCAGUUGCUGCGGCUGCUGUAGCCGCCGAUUGUGCGCUCGUCCUAUGAGGGCGCCAGAGGCAGCACCGCGAUGCUUCUUCGCCCGUCCACCCUUCUCGUGCUCAGGCGGGCAGGAAUCCCGCUCUGGCCGCGAAACCACAGUUUGCGCAGCACGCUUGGCUGCUGACUUCAAGCUAGCUACUCUUCCGGCCACCCGUCGCACACACACAUGCUGAAGCGUAUCGCCGUGCACAGUUCGCUCAGCUUCGCUACGAUCCACUAAUGAAGGCUUUCUCCGAGCCAGCAACCACCACGAGCGCGCCCGUUGGACGCUGCCCUGGCCUAACGGCGUAGCCUCCGGGCUGUCAGUGCCAGCACGACAUCUCUCUGCCGCCUCAUCCCUCGGAGUGGCGGUCGCUUCACUGACCCUUGCUGCUCAAUAAAAAUGUGUGGGAAUACGAGCAUUCUGGUGGAAAGUUCAAACUACCAUGGGAAAGCGCAUGAAAAAGAGAUAAAGGCCGGGUCCUCCAUCCUUGUCUAUUGCUCUGCGCACAAUUUCGUUCAUUCAUGCCAGGCCUCACAGUCCGCGACGAAAACAAAUGACAACCAUCACGAUCUUCUGGUCCGUCCUUCUGCCCUUAACCACAGUUAAAUUUCCCAAGGUACCAUCGCGCGUUCGCGGAUGACCGCGAAACUUGCCGGGACGCCGCGUGCACUGGUUUGAAACGCAGUAGUCCAAAGUUCCAAGCGUCUUUGAGUCAAUUUGAGCGAUCGACGAAAAAGAAAAAAAAAAUCCCAAAUUUAUCUCUUUGCUGUAAAAUCAGCUCCGGCUCCCACGUUCUGUUCACUUUAAUCAGACGAAAGAGUAAUCCGCCGGCCCAAAACGCUAGUUUCAGGCUAGCACGAGGCUGACCCCCCAUAAUACACGAAUCCAGCGGAAGACCAAAGACGCGUAGGGUUUGAGACGCAUAUUUCAUUCAACAGCGAUCCAUAAUCAAGAUAUAUCCUUCCUCAUCGAACUGUCUUCGGGUAUUUUGCCGUGGGUCAGCUUGCCACAAUGCCUGCUCCAAGCAGGGCCUGCUUUCAGGUCCUGAAUCUGCCCGAAGACGCGAUCCCUGAGUCGAUGACUGCGUUUGAACUGUACGCGCCACCUUGUACAGACCUCUGGCGGAAGCCUCCAGCAGCCGACACGGCAACGGCACCGAUUCUCUUCACCUGUCUGAGAUUUCCCUUUGUCUCUGCGGAAGUAACCGUCUCUGCGGAAUGGAGGUUAGAAUGGGACCAGGCUGGUCUGGUCAUAUUCGCCGGCACGCCUCCAGGACUAGUGACCGGAGCUAGUCAUCAAGGUACAUCGCCCAAUCCUCCAGAAAACGCAGACGGAACUCCGCCAACAUACCCUCAAGAACCUCCAGCCUCAAAGUGGGCCAAGGUUGGCCUGGAGUUUUGCAACAACGCCUGCCAUGCUUCUUCCGUGUGUGCGAUUUCAGACGGUGCCGACUGGACAACAACAGCGUUAUCGCCCGCUCAAGCGGCUCGAGGCGAGCUGAAGGUUAAGCUUGAACGAAUCGGCGACGCUCUCUGGAUCUACUACGAGGAUGAAAACGGGAGUUGGAAAAAAAUGCGCGAAGUAACCUGGUUCUUCUACGGGGUAGAGAACAAAUCAGUCCGCGUUGGCGUUUACGCGUCGCGACCUGCCAGCUUUCCCCCUUCGCUACACGAAAGGCGACAUGGAGGGCCGUCCCAGACACAAUCAAGUCUGCGGGUGGAGUUUGAUGACCUUUCGAUCUUCUAAAUCAGAAUCGGUCGAAUUUGUUUUUGUGGCCUCCACAGGAAACAGACGUUAUCUCGGUCCGACCUUUAUCGUCUUAGUUGUUCACCAUGCUUCGCUUCACUCUUCGAUUGAUUGCACGGCCGCGCGUGCUCGAUGUCCGCGGCUUCACCUAGGAACCAAAUCCUAAAGCCCGAGCCCCGAAACAUCAGGACAUGUAGCCCCUACUGGCGGAGCCAGCCGAGACGUUGUGCAAGAGAGCCGUUCUCGCGUCAGCUUCUUGCGCUUUAAGUAGACAUACAGAUGCACGCUCGAGAAUCUCCACCUUACGCCAUCUUUCCCCCCCAAUCUCUCCUCGAGCUUCACAAGCUAUCAAUAGAGAAACAACUGCGAAGAGUUGCACAGUUGCAGAAGGAUCCUAACAUUUGUGAAGAGUUUCCAACUUCUCGUUCCUCCGUAUGCUUGUCUUCAAUCGGUUGGGGAAGUAUGGAAGCCUGAGUCUUUCCUGUCUUUUCUUUCUCGAUACCAGCGCUGCAUUUUUCUUUUUGUUCGUCUCAUUUUAUUUCACCUUAUUUUUUUUUUCUCUCUUGUAGAACAAGAAUCCUACAUUCACCAGCUUAACUACCUUUUCCACCUUAACAUCGACGAAUUUAGACAGCGAAGCCGCAAAUACGCCGUGAUUCUGCGGACGCAAGGCCAGUUUCUAUCGUAGUCGUUCCAGCAGGGUAACCCAAUUAGAG